AUGGCUUCAGCAUUCCCCCCACCACCUGUCGAUACCAUUGACUGGAACAAUGUCGGAUUCAAAGUUCGCGAAGUCAAUGGCCAUAUCGAAUCGCACUUCAGCUACUCUGGUGGCGGCACGUGGUCGGAACCCAAAUUCGUCGCAUCUCCCCAUCUACAAAUCCACGGCAUGGCACCUGGCCUGAACUACGGCCAACAAGCCUACGAGGGGAUGAAAGCCUUUCGCUCCCCCGACAACAAGACCGUUACGAUUUUCCGACCGAACCGUAAUGCAGUCCGCAUGCAACGCUCUGCCGACUUCGUCUCUAUUCCACGUGUACCAGAGGGGCAUUUCAUGAAAUGUGUGAAUUUGGCUGUUGCUGCGAACGCCGAGUUUGUGCCUCCACACGAGACCGGAGCCGCAAUGUACAUCCGUCCUCUGAUAUUUGGAUCUGGUGCUCAACUAGGCUUGAACCCACCGGAUGAAUAUACGUUUGUCGUGUUCGUUAUGCCGACCGGCGUCUAUCAUGGCGUACACGCCGUCGAUGCUCUGAUUCUAGAAGACUUUGACCGCUCUGCACCCGAAGGAACUGGUUCUGCCAAAGUCGGUGGAAACUACGCUCCUGUCCUUCGUCACUCCCAACGCGCAUACGCUGAGAAAUACGGAAUCACAUUACACCUUGAUAGCAAGACUCGCACUGAGAUUGAUGAAUUCUCAACUUCGGCAUUCAUCGGUGUGCGAAAAAACCCCGCUGACAAAGAUGACGUGACGAUCGCUGUGCCUGAUAGCAAAAAUGUCAUUGACUCUGUUACCGCAUCAUCAGUUUACGAACUCGCCUCCAAAGUGCUUGGAUAUAAAGUUGAAAGACGUCGAGUACCAUAUGAAGAACUACAGGAAUUCGAUGAGGUAUUUGCGGCUGGAACAGCGGCUGCAUUGGUGCCAAUCAGAUCGAUCACGAUGAAAUCGCGGAAUGACAAGUUCACAUUCAACGUGGGUAAAGAGGAAAGUGGCGGGGAGGUCUGUGCGAAGCUGCUAAAGAUGUUGAAGGGAAUCCAGAAUGGGACGGUGGAAGAUAAGUUUGGCUGGAAUUUUGUGGUGCAGGAGCCCCCGAAGGGAUUUGUCGAUGGUGUCGGUGCAGAGCAAGACGCGGAUGGCGUGAAUAUUCCAUAA